AUGAGAACUGUGCCAGCUUGGGUUGACAAAGUACAUGAUAAAAAUGAACAAUGUAUAUAUUCUGUUUGUUUCAACCCAGAUGGAUCGCAGUUAGUUGUAGCUGCAGGGCAAAGGAUAUUAGUGUAUGACACAAAUGAUGGUUCUUUAAUACAGCCACUGAAAGGUCAUGAAAAAACUGUUUAUUGUGUGGACUAUGGUAAAGAUGGAAAGAGAUUCGCAUCUGGUAGUGCUGACAAAAAUGUUAUUAUUUGGACAUCAAAACUUGAAGGUGUUUUGAGAUAUAGCCAUAAUGAUGCUGUCCAGUGCCUCGAGUUUAAUCCUGCAUCUCAAUUAUUGGCCUCAUGCAGCAGUAAUGAGCUUAUCCUUUGGUCACCUGUAGUAAAGUCAGUUGUGCGACAUAAGAUCCCAGGAAGAGUUCUUUCUUGUUCUUGGUCAGAGGAUGGACAGUUACUUGCUAUUGGUUUGAGUACUGGAAUAGUAUCAAUUAGGAGUCGAAAUGGAGAGGAAAAAAUUAAAAUUGAGCGUCCUGCAAAAGCAGCUAUUUGGGCCUUAGCUUGGUCAAAGAACAAGGAAACUAAUACUGAUAUUUUAUGUGUUACUGAUUGGGGUCAAACAAUGUCAUUUUAUUCAAGUACUGGUCAAGAAAUUAGUGAAAAGGAUAGGAACCUUGGAUACGAGCCAUUACGUGCUUCAUAUGUUGGAAAAGGAGAGUUUAUAUUAGUUAGUGGAAGCAACAACUGUUGUACAUUAUAUAACAAAGAUGGUGUGAAAGUGUCUGAAAUUGGUGAUCAGCAGAAAUCAUGGGUUUGGUCAUGUGCACAUCAUCCUACUUCUAAUUUUGUUGUCUUAGGUUGUCAAGAUGGAACUAUUGCAUACUAUCAAGUAGUAUUUAGUAAAGUGCAUGGUUUAUACAAAGAGAGAUAUGCCUACAGGGAUAAUUUGACUGAUGUUAUUGUUCAACAUUUAUUGACAAACCAGAAAGUAAAAAUAAAGUGCAGAGACUUAGUGAAAAAAAUAGCUAUCUACAAAAAUAGGCUAGCAGUCCAGUUAGGUGAAAGAGUUGUUAUUUAUGAGCUUUAUUCAAAUGACUCAUCUGGUAUGCGUUAUCGUGUAAAGGAGAAAUUGGCUAUUAAAGUUGAUUGUUAUUUAUUAGUAGUUUGUUCUAACCAUGUUGUCCUCUGUCAAGAGAAACGUUUACAAUCACUGACUUUUACUGGCACUAAAGAACGAGAAUGGGAAAUGGAUUCUGCUAUUAAAUAUAUCAAGGUGGUCGGGGGGCCACCAAAGAGAGAGGGGCUUCUCCUCGGCUUAGCUAAUGGACAGGUAGUCAAAAUUUAUUUAGACAAUGCUUUUCCUGUACAACUUCUUAAAAUUGGCUAUCCAAUCAGAUGUUUGGAUCUUAGCCCGAGUAGAAAGAAGUUAGCAAUUGUAGAUGGCAAUGAACGCUGUCUUGUGUAUUCAUUGAACAACCCUUCUCAACCUUUAUUUCAGGAAAUUAAUGCAGUGAGCGUGGCAUGGAACAGUUGCUGUGAAGACAUGCUUUGUUUUUCAGGGAACAAUAUUUUUGGCAUCAAAGCCAAUGGGUUUCCUGUUCAUCAGCAGAAACUUCAGGGGUUCGUGGUGGGCUUUUGCUCAUCCAAGAUAUUUUGCUUUCAUAACAAUUCGAUGUCAUCAAUUGAUGUUCCACUUUCUGCUCCAAUGUAUCAGUAUUUGGAAAAAAAAAUGUUCAGGGAAGCUUUUGAGAUUGCAUGUUUAGGAGUUACUGAUUCUGAUUGGAAAGUUCUUGCUUUCACUGCCUUAGAUGCUCUUGAUUUAGAUGUUGCCCGUAAGGCUUUUAUACGAACUAAAGAUCUUGUGUAUUUGGAUCUAAUACAUGAACUGCAGGAAAGAAAUGAGAAAGACAAAGAAAUUCUGAAUGGACUGGUGUUGGCUUACAGGAAGAAAUACAAGGAAGCUGCUCGUGCUUGGGCGAGGGCUGGUCGCCAAGAUCUAGCUCUUGGAAUGUACACAGAGCUAAGAAUGUUUGACCAUGGUCAAGAGUUUGUGUCAGAUUCACCUACAGAAAGAGUCUCUCUCUUAAGAAAAAAAGCUGACUGGGCAAGAGAUACAAAUGAACCAAAGGCUGCAGCCCAAGUUUACCUUGCUGCUGGUGAUACUAUGAGGGCCAUUGAAAUCAUGGCAAACCAUGGUUGGGUUGACAUGUUGAUUGAUGUAGGAAGGAAAUCCAACUCGUCUGAUUCUGAUAUCAUUAAAAUUAUUGCUGAUACUUUGAAAAACCUUAACCAUUUGGAACUGGCUGCAGAGAUGUUCAGGAAACUUGGUGAUGAAGAAGAGCUUAUAAAAGUAGAAGUUGAGGCUGGACAAUGGGAAAAAGCACUCGUAGCGGCCGAGUCAGACCCUAAGUUUCGACCCAUUGUUUACCUUCCAUAUGCAAGAUAUCUUGCUGAAAAUGAUAAAUUUGUCUUGGCACAAAAAGCCUACCAAAAAGCUGGUCAUCCUGAAGAAGCAUUCAGAGUUGUGAAACAGCUGACGGAAAAUGCAGUUAGUGAAUCUAGAUUCAAUGAUGCAGGAUACUAUUAUUGGCUUUUGGCAAAGCAGUGUUUACAACUUGCCGGGGAAGGAGAAGAUGGAAUGUUGGAUAAAUAUUUCUUAUAUGAGAAAUAUGCAACUAUAUACUAUGCUUAUCAUUCGAUUCAGAGAUACUUAGAGGAACCAUUCACUGCUUAUCAACCUGAAUCUUUAUUUAAUAUUGCACGUUUCUUGAUGCAGGAAACCAAAACUCUUCUUCCACCAGGAGUGUCACAAUUUGCAAUACUUUAUGCUAUGUCUAAACAAGCAAGAAAUCUUGGUGCUUAUAAAUUGGCACGCCAAGUUCUUUCAAAAUUACAAACAUUGAAGAUUCCAGCUAAAUUUCAGGAAUAUGUGGAUAUCACAAGUAUCAUGGUAAAAGGUAAGCAGUAUCAAGACAACGAAGAAUUGUUGAUCAUGUGCUAUCGUUGCUCGACGUAUAACCCUCUAAUGACUCCUCCUGGUGCUAAAGCCAAUGCUUGUACAAACUGUGGCCAAUCAUUUGUCCACUCAUUUGUUACAUUUGAGGUACUGCCAUUGGUUGAAUUCCAACCUGAGAGUAGUAUAAGUGAGCAAGAAGCUCUAAGACUCCUGGAGAGUGGUUCUGAAGAGGAGGAAGGCUGGCAACAAGAAAUAGGCAAUGACGUUCAAGCCUUACGCCCAGAAUCAGAAAUUGGACAUGACCCAUUCACUGCUAGGCUUCUACAGGACCUUGCAGAUGAAGUUGUAACAGUUAAUAGAUCUGCCCUUAAGACAAUGGAUCUGUCUGAAGUAGUUAUAUGUCGAUUUCCUAAACCAUUGAAAACACGUUAUUAUAGAAACCUCCUUCCUGAGCUGCAAGUAACUCCAUGUUCACAUUGUAACAAAAUUUUUCACAUGGAUGAUUUUGAAAUGAAGAUUCUGGAAAAAGGUUGUUGUCCCUUUUGCCGUGUACCUCCAACAAGUGGAGAAGAAGAAUUAGAAACCUCUUCUCUUUAA